CCUGCACUUCACAAAUUCUUUUUUUUUUUUUUUUGAAUCAUUUUGUUUAUUCUCUGCAUGAUGUGUCUGCUGUGUAUGUGACUAAGUGAUCAUUUAUAUUAAAAUAGAAUUUUGUUCUAGAAUUAUUCUUGAAAAUUUAACAUCAUUAAUUGUUUUUUUUAAGUUGUUCAAAAUGAAAAAAUGAAAAAACAAUGAAUUGAUAGCUGCCAAUGCGUAGAAAAUCAUUUAGCAAACACAACAACACUUAUCACACACACACACACACACACCGAAUCGUUUAUCUAGGAAAAAUUCUCGAUUUUUUUCUCCCAGAAUCAAAAUUUCAUUUCAUUCCACUUUACAUCAUUGUAUUUGAAUGGUCACUUCUUCGAUUAUAGAUCAUUGAAUUUUUUAAAUUAAAAAUUUUUUUUUUUCAACAAAAAAAAAAGAAAAUUCUUUUCAACAACAUUAAUAAUGAUGAUGACCAUUGCUCAAACGUUUAUGGAUCAUUAUCAACAACAACAACAUCAAUCAACUGAAUUCCAUUAUUAUCAACAACAACAACCAUUGAAUAAUAGCCUUUUACAUCAUAAACAUCGAAAUCAUAAUCAUCCGAAUAAUCAUCAUUAUCAUUAUCAUUAUUCAACAACAACAACAACAUCGACAUCAAUAUUGAAUGAUCUUUACAUGAAUCAUACUACAGCAAAUUUAAAUAACGCCAAUAAUAAUGAUAACGAUGGUGGUGGUGUUGGUGGUGGUGGUGGUGGUAGUAAUGUUGAUGAUAAAAUAUCAUUAUUUUUAAAUUUAAAAUCAUCAACCGAAUAUUUAAUACAAAAUAAUCAUAAUAUUAAUAAUAAUAUAACGGAAACAAUUGAAAAUUUACGUGAAUUUAUUAUGAAUCUAGAUAAUUAUUCAUCACCAUCAUAUCGUGCAACAUUAACACGUCGUAAUAUAUUAAUAAUAACAUUUUAUUUAACAAUUGUGAUUAUAUCAUUAUUUGGUAAUCUAAUUGUUUGUUAUGUUGUAUUUAAACGUAAACAUAUGCGUAUAUCAACAAAUUUAUUGAUGACAAAUUUAGCAUUAUCCGAUUUAAUUAUGACUGUUAUUAAUAUACCAUUUAAUUUGGCAAGAAUUUUAUUAAAUGAUUGGCCAUUUGGAUCAUUAUUAUGUAUACUGGUACCAUUAAUACAGGUCACUUCUGUAUAUGUUUCAACAUUAACAAUGACAAUCAUUGCUAUUGAUCGUUAUCAAGCAAUUCUGAAUCCAUUAAAUAAACGUAUAACAACAACAUUAUCAACAUCAUUAAUUAUAAUUGUAAUAUGGAUUGCUGCAGCAUUAUUUUCAAUACCGAAUAUUAUAUUCAAUCGUGUUGUCAAUAUUGGUCAUCUACAACGUUGUCGUGCUAUAUAUCCAAAACCAGAAAUAUCAUAUCGUCGUUUUGUAACAUUAUUUACAUUUUUAACACAAUAUGCAAUACCAUUAUCGAUAACAGCUAUUGCUUAUAUAAGAAUUAGUUUUUAUAUUUGGAGUAAAUUAAUCAAACCAAAUACAAGUGAUGAAAAUUUGGAUGAUAUUAAUUGUGUUACAACAUCAUCAAAUAAUGAUGUACCAAUGAUGGCAACAACAUCUAUAAAAUCAUUUAGUAAAUCAAAUGAUAAAAUCGAUAAUGUAAUUCAUUUGACAAAUCAUAAUAUGAACAAUGAUAAUGUCAAUCAUCAUUAUAAACAUCAACAACAACCAACAAAUAAACAACGAUCAAUAAUAACAAAAACAAGUUUAUCAAAAUAUCAUGCCAGUAUAAAUACAUUACGUGAACGUUCAAGAAGAAAACCGAUCAAAAUGUUAGCAUUAGUUGUUGUCGUUUUUUCAAUCUGUUGGUUACCAUUAAAUAUAUUUCAUUUAAAUUCAGAUUUUUUUUCAAAUAAUCGUAUAAGUGAUCCAAAUAUAUUUUUCAUAUGUCAUUGGUUUGCUAUGUCAUCGGUUUGUUAUAAUCCAUUUAUUUAUUUUUGGCUUAAUCAUCAUUAUCGUCAAGAAAUUAAACAUUUAGUUAGAUAUCUAAAUAUUCUUUGUAUGAAACAACAUAGACGUAGUACAUCAACAAAAACAACAACAACAGCAACAACAAUGAUGAUGAUGAGAACAUCAAAUGUUAAUAGACAAUUAGUAAAUCAUCAUUCAAUGAUUGAACCACAAAUAAUUUUAAAUAAUAAUGAUGAUGUUGAUAUUAAUGAUAAAAGUCAAAGAAUACCUUCUUCAUCAUUAUCGAAUGAUAAAAAACAACGAAAACAAUUUCGCUCAAACGUAAUUACUACUCAUCAUCAUAGUUUUCAUGGACCAUUCAAUAGUUUUCAAUUACAGCAACGAAAGAAAAAUACAUUACGGUCAAUCAAUGAAAAAUUUAAUGAUGAAAAUAAUAAUAAUAAUAAUAAUACUGUUGACAAUGAUCAGAAUUUAAUUUCGGAACAUAUGGAUAAAACUAUCAACCAUGAACGGUCUAUUGAUCAUAACAAUGAUGAUAAUAAUAAUAAUGAUGAUGAUCAAAUUAUAAAACAAAAUGUUAAUGAAUGUAAAAUAAAAAUUACAUCAAAUUUCUAUAGUAUCGAUCAAUAG